AAGACCUUCCACCACACUUCCUUUUUCUUUAAUAGAACUUCCAACACCCUUCCUAUUAACUCAGAAGAGCCCAAUCCACUCAAUUCCUCAAUUUCAAGUUUACAAGAAGCACCUGCUCAUCCAUGGCUGCUCUAACACUUUCAUCACCUUCCAAGCCUCGUUGGAAUUAUGACGUCUUUUUGAGUUUUAGAGAUGAAGACACUCGCAAAAGCUUUAUAGAUCACCUCUACUCCGCCUUAAAUCAAGUCGGAAUUUACACCUUCCGAGAUGACGACGAGCUAUCUAGAGGGGAGCACAUCUCUACAAAACUGCUUAAAGCUAUUCAAGGAUCAAGGAUUUCCAUUGUUGUUUUUUCCAAAGACUAUGCUUCUUCCCAUUGGUGCCUUGACGAGCUUGUGGAGAUCCUAAAUUGUAAGAAUACCCUAGGCCAAAUUCUUCUCCCCAUCUUUUAUGACGUGAGCCCCGCGGAUGUGCGAAACCAAACUGGAACUUUUACUAAAGCAUUUGCUAAACAUGAAGACCAGUUUCAAGCGGAGAUGGAGAGGGUGCACAAGUGGAGAGCGGCUCUUACUGAAGCUGCAAACUAUUCUGGCUGGAAUCUUCAAGAUAUGGCAAACGGGUUUGAAUCAAGGUUUAUCCAGAAGAUUGUUGAAGAAAUUUUGCGUAAAGAGAACCCAGCUUACUUGCAUGUUGCCAAAUACCCUGUAGGAAUAGAUUCUCAUGUUAAAGAGAUAAAAGAUUUAUUAAAUCUUGGAACAAGUGAUGUUCGUAAUGUGGGUAUCUAUGGGAUGGGUGGAAUAGGCAAAACAACAAUAGCAAAAGCGGUCUAUAAUGAAAUACUCCAUGAAUUUGAAGGAAGUAGCUUUCUUUUUAAUAUUAAAGAAACUUCAGAACAACCAAAUGGUUUAAUUCAUUUACAAAAACAACUUCUUUAUGAUAUCUUGAAAAUGAAGGAUUGGAAGAUUGGCAGUGUUGAUGGAGGAAUAAAUUUGAUUACAAAAAGAUUUUAUCGCAAAAAAGUUCUUGUCGUUCUUGAUGAUGUGGAUCACUUGAAACAACUUCAUUCAUUAGUUGGAAACUUCGAAUUGUUUGGCCAAGGAAGUACACUCAUUGUAACAACAAGAGAUAAACAUGUCCUGACUGAACUAGGAGUCAAUGAAAAAUAUAAGGUUGAAGAAAUGAAUCAUGAGGAGUCCCUUCAACUUUUUCGUUGGCAUGCAUUUGGGAUGACCGAUCCAGCAGAAGAUUUCAAAAAGCUCUCACUUGAUGUAGUGGAUUAUGUUGGAAGACUUCCAUUAGCUGCUGAAGUUUUGGGUUCUUAUCUGUCAGAAAGAAGUAUUAUUGAAUGGAAAAGUGCAUUGGAAAAAUUACAAAAAAUUCCUCAUAGAGAGAUUCAAAAAAUACUCAGAAUAAGUUUUGAUUCACUAGAAGAUUAUGCACAAGACAUAUUCCUUGACAUAGCAUGUUUUUUUAUCGGUACAAACAAAGAAUAUGUCAGAAAAGUUCUCGAUGGUUGUGGAUUCUUUACAGAUAUUGGUAUCAGCAUUCUCAUUGACAAGUCUCUCCUGAUAGUUAAUGAAAUAAAUGAAUUGAGGAUGCAUGAUUUGAUUCGCGAUAUGGGAAGGGAGAUUGUUCGCGAAAGAGCAUCCAGGGAUCCAGGAAAACAUAGUAGAUUGUGGUGUCACGAUGACGUCUUAAAUGUGCUUAACAAACAUCUGGGAUCAGAAGCAAUAGAGGGUCUUAACCUAAAUCUACCUGCACUUGAAGAUGUCGAGUUGAAAACUGAAGCAUUUGCAAAUAUGAAAAAUUUGAGAUUGCUCAAAAUUGAUGGUGCAUAUCUCAUAGGAUCCUAUGAAUGCCUUUCCAAAGAGUUAAGAUGGCUUCACUGGCAUAAGUGCCCUCUGGAAUUUCUACCACCAAAUUUUCAUCUUGAGAAUGUUGUUAUCCUCGACAUGCAAUACAGUAAUAUCAAACAAGUUUGGAAGAAAAUCAAAAUACUCAACAAGUUAAAAGCUCUUAAUCUCAAAGGUUCUAAAUGUCUCACCCGAUCACCAAACUUCUUACAACUCCCACAUUUGGAGAUACUCAUACUUGAAGGUUGCACGAGCUUGAUUGAGGUACAUGAGUCUAUUGAACAUUUGAAAAAACUUGUUUUAUUGAAUUUACAAGGAUGCAAGAACUUAAAGAAUCUUCCGGAAAGCAUUUCUAACUUAAGAUCUUUAAAAACUCUUAACUUGUCUGACUGCAUCAAAAUUGACAAGUUACCAAAACAAUUGGGAAAUAUGGUUGCUUUAGUGGAGCUGCUUGCAGAUAGAACCGCCGUUAAGCAACUACCAUACUCAUUUGGUCUUUUGAAGAACCUCAAAACUCUUUCAUUAUCGGGAUGUAAAGGGCAAUCCUCAAGAUCAUGGAUGUCACGGUUCGUGUCGUCGAUAUCACCAAAAUUCAUGAAACCCAUAUAUUUGCUACCAACUUCUGUUUCUGGAUUGUGUUCUUUGACAGAACUGAAUCUCGGUGGUUGCAAUUUGUUUGAAGAUGAGAUUCCUAUUGAUCUUGGGAGUUUAUCCUCACUCAAAUAUUUGUAUUUAUCAAGAAAUAAUUUCCGUACAUUGCCUCAUUGCAUCGGUGAACUUCCUCAAUUAUAUUAUCUUUCGUUGAAGGACUGUGCGAAUCUCGAAUUAAUUUCAAAACUUCCUACAAGUUUAACAAAAUUGGAUGCAAGAGGCUGCUCAUCAUUGCAGAGAUUCCCAGAUGUGCCGAAUCAAGGAAGUUUAUGUGCAGAUUUUUUCUUGGAUAGUAGUGACAGUCUAGCAUAUGAUUUGAGGAAGAAUCUUCUCCAGUACAUGUCCAAGUUGAGUACUGGCUCGUAUUUUUCCUUUAAACUCCCUGGUGGUGGGGUUCCAAAUUGGUUAUGCUACAAGAGAAUUGGAUCUUCGAUAUCCUUGCUUAUUCCUUCUCUUCCAAAGGGUCAAAUCAAGGGGUUGCUUUUUUGUGCUGGUUUUGCACCCAUACAAGAUACACCGCAGGAGGAGAACCCGAAAAUCAGUGUUUACAUUAAUGGCAUCCUUUGGAAAAAUAUCGGUUUCUCGCAUGAAUUUCAUAAAGAUUAUCCUUCCUGGGGAAUCUAUAUACUCUAUACAUCAUGUAUUGAAGAUAGAUUAGCAAGUGGAAUGGAAGUAAAGAUGGAGUGCGAGGGUGGGAAAUACUUUGAAGUGAAGGAGU